GAAAGGCGGGAGACCGUCGCUUCCGCGUAUGUCAAGAAGUCAAGAUGGACGAAAAGUUGAUAUUGUCUGUUUUUAAUUUUCCUGAGCUGUAUAAUACAACUUUGCCAGAUUACCGCAAUGGUGACACAAGAUCACUUGCUUGGGGGAAAAUAAGCUCAUUGACAGGUCUUCCAGCUGAAGAGUGCAAAAGGAAAUGGAAGAAUCUGAGAGACCGAUACUUCAAGGAAGUACGACAGGAGAAGAGGAGUAAGGAGGAGACAGGGGAGCUCGCUCCAAGCCGAUGGAAAUACAGACAAAGUCUGAUCUUUCUUCAACCAUUCAUUAAACCAAGAAACAGCAAUGCGGCUCCUGCCAACCUGGAAAGCCCUGAUACGAUCAAUAAAAGCACACAGAGUGAAAUAAUACCUGUCAAAACACUCAACACAGCCCUGGUGAACGACAUGAAAACCCCUAGCACCCAGGUUGGCACCAUGUCACAGCUAGCUUUUGUGACCGAGCUGUCCCCAGGGCAACAAGGCGCCCAACUGUCAUUUCUAGGGAAGCGUCCACCAGGCGCCCAGACGUACCUAGCGCCCCAGACAUCCGCAGUGCUCCAGUCAUCAAUUUACGCAUCCAAGGAGAGGCCUCAGACAAGACAACCUGCUUCACCAUGUUCCUCAAGCACUCCCUCUAAGCGCUCCGCUAAGAACAGGAUGCUGCUGGCCAAAGAGAAAGAUCACAGAUCAGAUUCCACGAUCCCUAUCCGGCAGUGUGACGAGGAUGAGAUGUUACUCCUCAGCUUCGUUCCUGCUUUGAAGAGGCUAACCCCACAAAAAAGAUGUGAGACCAAAAUUAAAAUCCAACAGAUUAUGUAUGAGGCCGAGUUUAGUAUGGAUCAGCCAGUGACUGUCAAUGAAACACCGGUGACGGUGUCCAAAGAACUGCCAGAUCAAGAGACGUCAUAACUCAUUCAUAUUGUAGGGUCGACGGGUUGUUCUCAGGUUUAGAUAUUUUUUAUUUUGACCGAAACGAUUUUUUCCUAAAAUAUAUAUUUUUUUUUUAAAUCUAUCUCCUAAUGCACAUGAAUAGGCAAGUUAUUCAUGUUCUGUUUUUGGAAUAUCACAUUUUUGGUCGUAUCAUAGAGGUACAAAAAAUAAUAUUUUUUAUUUUAAUAGAUGAUCUUCUAAUUUUGCUGUUGUGAAUGCAAGUUGUUAACCCAAUUGAAAAUAACAUGGGCUGUUAUUCCGUUUCUAAUUUUGAAUGUUUAAUUGUCUGGAAUUAAGUGGUCAAAGCCUGAUGAGAAACACAUUGACAACCCAUAUAAAAGCUGGAAUUAAUGUUUAGGUAAAGAUCUCUCAGUAGGAUAUAGGGCAAACAGUCUUUAUUACAGAUGCUAAUGCUAUUCUAACCAUCCAUUGUUAUUAUAAUAAUCCACUCUAUAUAUUUUACAAUAUUUAUUUUAGAAUAAAUGAGUGAGUAAAAGUUGUAAACAAGCCAAAAAAUUAUAUAGAAAUUAGAGGGAUUACUCAUGCAUAUUAUCAUGACUGUCAUCUUGUUAGUUGUCAGGUUAAAGAAAACUAUAUCCAUUUGAUACCGUUUGCAUAUUUUUUCCCAAGCUCUUUACUAUGUAUGCUAUAGAAGCAUUUACAUUAGAAUUCUACAUUUUUCAUCAGACUAAAUAAUAGUCUUACAAGUGGCAGACAAUGACAGUAUCAUUCAAUAAAAAAAUAACUCCUUUAAAUUGUCUCAACUUUCAUCCUUCAAAUAUUGUAACCUUAAGAGAAUUUAUUCACUUAUUUUGUGAAACAUAAGAAAUAGUCUUACCAAAAUAGCUCCUAGGGCAACUGAGGACAUACUGGUAUAGUAUGUCAUUAAAUAACUUAAACCCAUACCAAUAUGGCUCUUCUCGACUAUCCCCCUGCUAACACCACACAUAAAAAUGCACCAAUGUAUUGUUUAUAUGGCUUCAUACUGGUAGUGGUACCCAAAAGGCAAUUGUUGUGUCAAUAAUUUAAAAGUAUCCCCAAUGAUACACCUCUUCCUGAAUUUAUAUAUCAUAUUUAGUUUAGAAACAGGACAUACCACUUGUAAUCUAUAUCCAUACAAGCACAGAGGGUACAUCUGGUAGCUUACAUUUACCAUCUUUCUUUUAGGAUCUGGUUCUAUAUUGCCAACCUGGUACACUUAAAUGUCUAAUAAAAACAUAACACCCUUGAUGGAAAUGAGAGGCAGGGCCAUUGUUCAAACAAAAAAACAAUUUCAGACUUCUGUAGGAUUCAUAGUACAGGUGUAAUCAAACAGUAGUGAUAUUGAUUACUGAAAUUAAAUCAAUAGCUUGUCAAGUCUAGAGGACAAUACUUAAAUGCGGAAAAGGACAAAAAUCAAACAA